AUGCUAACCCUAACCGGAUUCCUCAUUUCGUGGGAGGUGGUCAUCAAGGGGGUAAUCGAGGUGGAAAUCGAAGAGAUGAUCGAAGAGAUGAGAGAAGGGAUGAGAGGCGAGAUGAAAGAAGGAAUGAUCGACGAGAUGAUAGGAGGGAUAACCGAAGAAUGGAUGAUCAAGAAGUUAAUGGAUAAAGCGAAGCAGUGGUUUCUUACACUCCCGGCCAAUAGCAUCCGCACAUGGGGGGAAAUGCAACAGGCGUUUUUAGACGAGUACUAUUCUAUGGCAAAGACUGAUGAUGCUCGUGAUGAAAUUCGGUCUUUUCGCCAAUUAUCGGGAGAACCGUUGCAUGAAGCCUUUACCAGAUUUAGGGAAAUGAUGCGAAGAUGCCCUCAUCAUCAAAUCGAGAAGUGGGAGUUGGUUAAAUGCUUUGUACGGGGUCUAGAUGAUAACACAUGGAACCGACUUGAGUCAACUAGUAAUGGGACCCUUCUAAGCAACCAUGAGGACGAUGAUUGGGAGUUUUUGGAAAGAAUGAGCAAGCGUUCGAAAGAGAAGGAAUCGGCCGAUCGAGCCAAAAAGCAUCCCGUUUCCCGGUCACUUCCCGAUCUUGACUCUAAAGAUCGGAUUUCCACUUUAGAGCGGGAAAUGGCUCGCAUGAAAAAGAAGGAAGUGAACGAGGUGCAAUUUGCGGUGUGUGAAAAGUGUGGUGAUAUUGGACAUAGAGCGGAACAAUGUCCAACGGGGUCGAGUGAUUACGCUGAAGAAGUCAACCAAGUGUAUGGGGACCGAAAGCAAUAUGACAUGGACUCCAACACUUACCAUCCGGGCUUGAGGAAUCACCCCAACUUCCAUAACGGAAGCGGGUCGAACAAUCAAACCGGUGGUGACGACUUAAGUGCCAAGAUGGAUGCCUUGCUAAACAUGCAAAAAGAAUCUCAAAACAACAUAAAAGAGACUCACAAUGAUAUCAAAGAGAUGAAGAAGACUAACGAGAUUCGAGAUAAAGCACAUGAGGCAUUGGCGAAACAAGUGGGUCAACUAGCGGAAGAAGUGGCUCAGAUAAGAGGAAGCAUGGGGAAGCUUCCAAGUGACACCACGGUGAACCCGAAGCAUCAAGGUUUUAGCACAAGCAACGUGAGGGAUGCACGCGUUAGCGCGGUAAGUAUUCUUUUAAAUGAUGAAGUUUGUAGUGUUGAAAACAUUCCACCACCACAAUUCGUUGAUGGUGUAUUGGAAAAUAUAGGUGAGGAGCCGGAAAGUGAAAAUGAACACGAAACGAUUUCACAAAGUAAAAAUGAAAACGUAACUAAAAAUUCUUUUUGUGAAAAUUGUUUAAAUCAACUUAACCCGCUUAAUGCAUCGAAAAGUGAAGAAUGGUGCCCACCGAAGGACGAGGGGUGGGAAAAUUUUAAGCAAGCUAAAAUUAAUUUACCGUUACUAGAUGACAUUAAAAAGGUCCCGACUCAUGUGGAAUGCUUAAAGGAGUUAAGCAUCGAAAAACGGCACAACAAAUUACCCAAACCGGUUGAUUUGAUAUCUCAUGUGAGUGCCGUUUUAUCGAGUGCCCUUCCCCCAAAAGCUCAAGAUCCGGGAGAUCCUCUUAUUCCAAUUCAAAUUGGAACAUUUAAAAUUGAGAGGGCGCUCCUAGAUCUUGGAGCUUGUGUGAGCAUCUUGCCCGGGAGUUUGUAUGACCAAUAUGAUUUUGGUCCAUUAAAAAAUUUUGAUACUCCCGUGGUAUUGGCCGAUCAGACUCCCACGUAUCCAAGGGGGAUGGUGGAGGAUGUGAUUGUUAAGGUGGAUGAUUGCUACUACCCAGUUGACUUUUUGGUAGUAGACUAUGUUGGGUGUGUUGGGGACACCCAACCGAUAGUCAUACUGGGUAGGCCGUUCCUGGCAACUGCUAAUGCCAUAAUAAAUUGUGCAACGGGAACGGUAAGCAUGAAGUUUGGGGACCGGGAAUUAAAAUUAAAUGUUUUUCCAAAAUUUACUAACCCACUCGGUGAGGAUAAGUGUCCUAAAAAGGAUAUGAAUCCAAACAAAAAGGUUUGUGCUAUGGUUGGUAGGUUUGGAGAAACAAAGAAGAAGACGGUCAAGAAGAAGAAAGCAAAGAAGUCGACUCUAGAAAAGAAAAAGGAAGAGGAGGUGAGGAAGUUUGGACCGUUUGGCAACAAAUGGUACAAAUCACCGGUGGGUGAUUUUGAGGAGCUCGUGGACGGCAAGCACGCCAUUCGACCACCAUGA